ACACAUGACACCCUCCUCUUCCAACUUUACAAUGUCAGCGGCUCUAAAACCCUUUGGUUUAGCUUAGUUUAGCUUAGCUUAACACGGCUGGCUCCACUGCUGCUGGCCGCCACCUAAUCCGCCAUUUGCUUGCUUGUUUGCUGCUCCAUCCAUCGUCUUUUCUCCAUGGAGAUAUAAAAAUUGCACCCAUGGCCGCCAUGACCCCCUCUUCUUCCCCCUUCAGAGUUUGUGAGUGUGAGUGAGUGAGUUAACCUCGCCACCAAGCCAACUAAAAGUUGCGAGGCACAAGUGCUAUGUUAUUAUCUAUCUACUCUUCCAACACAAGCAAGAACCAAGAUUUGCUUGUGUUGUGAUUUGUGACAUACCAGCGUUGGCUAGCUAAUUCUAUAGCACCACCUCAUCUUUCUUCUCUUAAUCUCUUCUUGGGUACUGGAGAGUGCAGAAGUGUCGAGUGUAGCGGAUGCCUCCUGACAUGGGCGGCGGUAGGUGGAGGAGGGGCCACGUGGUGCUGUGCUGCGCGCUCGUCAUGGCGUGCAUGGGCGGCGCCCUGGCCCUGGACGCGCAGGGCGCGGCGCUGCUGGCGUGGAAGCGCACCCUGGGCGGCGACGGCGCGAGGGCGCUGGGCAACUGGGACGCGUCGGACGCGUCGCCGUGCCGGUGGACGGGCGUGUCCUGCAAUGCCGGCGGCGGGGUCACGGAGCUGAACCUGCAGUUCGUCGACCUGCUCGGCGGCGUGCCGGACGACCUGUCCGCCGCCAUGGGCGCCACGCUGGAGCGGCUGCUGCUCACCGGCACCAACCUGUCGGGCCCCAUCCCGCCGCAGCUCGGCUACCUGCCGGCGCUCAAGCAGCUCGACCUCAGCAACAAUGCGCUCACGGGGUCCAUCCCAGCCAGCCUCUGCCGGCCCGGGAGCAAGCUCGAGAGCCUCGUCGUCAACUCCAACCACCUCGAGGGCGCCAUCCCGGACGCCAUCGGCAACCUCACGUCCCUGCGCGAGCUCAUCUUCUACGACAACCAGCUCGAGGGCGCCAUCCCGGCCUCCAUCGGCCAGAUGGCCAGCCUCGAGGUGCUCCGCGGCGGCGGCAACAAGAACAUCCAGGGGGCGCUCCCGACGGAGAUCGGCAACUGCGCGAACCUCACCAUGCUCGGCCUCGCCGAGACCAGCAUCUCCGGCCCGCUCCCGGCCAGCCUCGGCCGGCUCAAGAACCUCGACACGCUCGCCAUCUACACGGCGAUGCUCUCCGGCCCGAUUCCGCCGGAGCUCGGGAAAUGCGGCGCCCUGCAGAACAUCUACCUGUACGAGAACGCGCUGUCCGGCUCCAUCCCUGCGCAGCUCGGCGCCCUCGGCAACCUCAAGAACCUGCUGCUCUGGCAGAACAACCUCGUCGGCGUCAUCCCGCCGGAGCUGGGCGCGUGCACGGCGCUCAACGUGGUGGACCUGUCCAUGAACGGCAUCACCGGCCACAUCCCGGCCACGCUCGGGAACCUCUCGUCGCUGCAGGAGCUGCAGCUCAGCGCCAACAAGGUGUCCGGCCCGAUUCCGGUGGAGCUCGCGCGGUGCACCAACCUCACGGACCUCGAGCUCGACAACAACCAGAUGUCCGGCGGCAUCCCUGCCGAGAUCGGCAAGCUCGCGUCGCUGCGGAUGCUGUACCUCUGGGCCAACCAGCUCACGGGCACCAUCCCGCCGGAGAUCGGCGGCUGCGUCAGCCUCGAGUCGCUCGACCUGUCGCAGAACGCGCUCACCGGGCCAAUCCCGCCGUCCAUGUUCAGGCUGCCGCGGCUCUCCAAGCUGCUGCUCAUCGACAACGUCCUGUCCGGCGAGAUACCGCAGGAGAUCGGCAACUGCACGUCGCUCGUACGGUUCAGGGCGAGCGGCAACCACCUCGCCGGCGCCAUACCGCCCCAGAUUGGUAAGCUCGGCCACCUCAGCUUCCUGGACCUCAGCUCGAACAGGUUGUCCGGCGCCAUCCCUGCCGAAAUCGCCGGAUGCCAAAACCUCACGUUCGUCGACCUGCACGGCAACGCCAUCACCGGCGUGCUGCCGCAGGGGCUGUUCCAUGGAAUGCUUUGGUUACAGUACCUGGACCUCUCGUACAACGCCAUUGGCGGCACGCUGCCGUCGGAGGUUGGCAUGCUGGGCUCGCUCACGAAGCUCGUCCUUGGCGGGAACCGGCUGAUCGGCCACAUACCGCCGGAGAUCGGCUCGUGCACGCGGCUCCAGCUCCUGGACCUCGGCGGCAACUCGCUCUCCGGCCCGAUACCGGCGAGCAUCGGCAAGAUCCCGGGCCUGGAGAUUGCUCUAAACCUCAGCUGCAACGGCCUUUCGGGUGCCAUCCCGAAGGAGUUCGCGGGGCUCACACGGCUCGGCGUGCUCGAUGUGUCGCACAACCAGCUCUCCGGCGAUCUCCAGCUGAUGUCAGCUCUCCAGAACCUCGUGACGCUCAACGUGUCCUUCAACAACUUCUCCGGCCGCGCGCCGGAGACGGCGUUCUUCGCGAAGCUGCCCAUGAGCGACGUGGAGGGCAACCCGGCGCUGUGCCUGUCCCUGUGCCCCGGCGACGCCAGCGACCGCGCGCGGCGCGCCGCCCGCGUGGCCACCGCCGUGCUGGUCUCCGCUCUCGUCGUCCUCCUGGUCGCCGCGGCUCUCGUCCUCUUCAGCCGCCGGCGCGAGCGCUCGAUCUUCGGCGGGGCGCGGCCCGAGGACGACGGCAAGGACGCGGAGAUGCUGCCGCCGUGGGACGUGACGCUGUACCAGAAGCUGGAGAUCAGCGUGGGCGACGUGACCCGCAGCCUCACCCCGGCGAACGUGAUCGGGCAGGGCUGGUCCGGCGCCGUGUACCGCGCGAGCGUGCCGUCGACGGGCGCCAGCAUCGCCGUGAAGAAGUUCCGGUCGUGCGACGACGCGUCCGCGGAGGCGUUCGCGUGCGAGAUCGGCGUGCUGCCCCGCGUGCGCCACCGCAACAUCGUGCGGCUGCUCGGGUGGGCCUCCAACCGCCGCGCGCGCCUCCUGUUCUACGACUACCUCCCGAACGGCACCCUCGGCGGGCUGCUGCACGGCGGCGCGGCGGGGAUGGUGGUGGAGUGGGAGGUGCGGCUCUCGAUCGCCGUCGGCGUGGCCGAGGGCCUCGCGUACCUCCACCACGACUGCGUGCCGGCGAUCCUCCACCGCGACGUCAAGGCGGAUAACAUCCUUCUCGGGGAGCGCUACGAGGCGUGCGUCGCCGAUUUUGGGCUCGCCAGAGUCGCCGACGACGGCGCCAACUCGUCGCCCCCUCCGUUCGCCGGAUCGUACGGAUACAUAGCUCCCGAGUACGGAUGCAUGAUCAAGAUCACGACGAAGAGCGACGUGUACAGCUUCGGGGUGGUGCUGCUGGAGAUGAUCACUGGGCGGCGGCCGGUGGAGGCGGCGUUCGGCGAGGGGCAGAGCGUGGUGCAGUGGGUGCGGGAGCACCUCCACCGGAAGCGCGACCCGGCGGAGCUGGUGGACGCGCGGCUGCAGGGUCGGCCGGACACGCAGGUCCAGGAGAUGCUGCAGGCGCUCGGGAUCGCGCUACUAUGCGCCAGCGCGCGGCCCGAGGACCGGCCGACCAUGAAGGACGUGGCGGCGCUGCUCCGCGGGCUCCGGCACGACGACGGCGCCGACUCGCGGAAGACCAGCGGCGCCGCGAAGUGGGCCGAGCCGAGGACGCCGGGUAAAUUGCCGCCGACGGCCCUGCCUCGCCCGGCCGAAACGCAGACCCGGCCCCACUCGUCGACGUCGAGCUCGCUGGCCUACUCAACCACCGGGAGCGUGUAGCCUAGCUAACUGGCCGAAACUGACUCCAAACGCGGCACUGUGGCGCCUGUGACACCGCGUCGUCGAGCGGAGGUGGCGCCGUCGAACUCCGGCCCGCCGGCCGGACAGGGUGGGAUCGACGCAUCAUCUGUAUGCGGUCCGGAAGGUGGCGAUUGAGGUGGGGAACGAGAAGGAAGACGCCACCACACCACAGCAAAGCAAAGCAAGCGACCAAUAAUUCCUCCGUCUCUUGUGUACCAUAGCACACCAUAGCCAACGCCUGACGAUGAUGCCGACCAUGCAUCGCAUCUGGCUCAUGUAUCUAGUACAUUGUCAUCCUGUCAAAUCUCUAUCUCUUGGUGUGACAUGACAUGGUGACGCUC